AUGCUUUACCUGAAAAAGUACUUCACAGAGGGCCUGAUUCAGUUCACCAUCCUACUGAGUCUCAUUGGGGUGCGGGUGGACGUGGACACCUACCUGAACAAUCAGCUGCCCCCACUGCGCGAGAUCAUCCUGGGCCCCAGCUCGGCCUACACCCAGACGCAGUUCCACAACCUCCGCAACACACUGGACGGCUAUGGCAUCCAUCCCAAGAGUGUGGACCUGGAUCACUUCUUCGCCACGCGCCGGUUGCUGAACCAGGUGCGCUCUCUGGAUCACCUGCGUGUGCCCAGCACCGAGGUCAGCGCCUGGCUGGUGCACCGCGACCCGGAAACGGUGGUGUCCGCUGCCGGCCAGUCAAGCCCCAGCAUUACCCUGGACAAUGGCGGUGGUCUGGAGGAUGUGAACAACUCCGAAGCCUCCACCAUGAGGGGGGGCAGCGGAGCGUCUGAGUCCACCUACAGCCACGGCGGAGAGGACAGCCUGGGAGCGGUGGCCCCGGAGGACAGCCAGGAGCAGCCGAGCGAGCGGGACAACAACGAUGACCUCACCAAGGAGGACAUUGACCUGAUCGACAUCCUGUGGAGGCAGGACAUUGACCUUGGCGCAGGGCGGGAGGUGUUCAACUACAGCAGCCGGCUGAAGGAGAGCGAGGCGGAGAAGCGCAACGAGGACGAGAAGGACGACGACGGCGGAAGCAGCGAGGAGCACCCCGAGACCUGGAGGAACGGCCUCAACCUGGGCGAGGACCAGCCGCUGACUCCAGUGGAUGGGGAGACCGGCGAGAGCAUACCUGACCAGCUCCCCAGCCUGGGCACUCAGACCUCUCUGUCCCUCCAGGAGUGCCUCAGACUUCUGGAGGCCACCUUCCCGUUCGGAGAAGAGUCGGAGUUCCAAAGCCCAGCUGGUACCUCCGAGCUGAGUGACACGAGUGAGGAGGCCCCCUCCACCUCUCAGGGCCUGGCCUUGAUGCCCGUCCUGCCUCAGGCUGAGCCGCAACUGGACUUGGAGCAGCAGUGGCAGGACAUCAUGGCCAUCAUGGAACUGCAGGUCAGUCCAUAUCAGGACAUGGAAGUAAACAGCACGGCGGAGGGCUCCUACAGUAGUAGCCAGGCUUCAGCUAGCAGCAGUGGCAGCACUGGAGGCAGAUCGGGCCCCAUGGUUGGUUUGGACCCCUCGCGCUCCAACCUCAUCAACCAGGACGUCAGCCUCCACCAGGCGUCCCUCCCCAGCUGCAGCCAGGACUUCCCUGCGCUCUUCAGCCCGGAGCUGGACCCUGCCGGGGCCCUGCGUCCGUCUGCGCUGCUCCGCUUGUCCUCCAGCAACUCCUCCAACGUCAACUCCAGCUUCGGAGCCACCAACCUGACGGGCCUCUUCGCGCCGCCGCCGCUUAACAGCACCACCAACCUCACGUCCGCCCACGCGCUGGCCGACCCCUUCAGCAGCCUCCUGGAGGAGUCCAUGCUGGACGAGAUCAGCCUGCUGGACCUGGCCAUGGAGGAGGGCUUCAGCCAGGCGCAGGCGUCCCAGCUGGAGGACGAGCUGGACUCCGAUUCGGGCCUCUCGCUGGACUCCAGCCACAGCCCGGCGUCGCCCAGCAACUCCGAGACCUCGUGCUCGUCGGCCGCCUCUUCCUCGUCCACGUCGGCUACUUUCUCGGAGGAGGGCGCGGUGGGCUACAGCACCGACUCGGAGGCAGCCGGCGCCGAGAUGGAGGAGGGCGCCGUGGGAGGCUACCAGCCCGAGUACAGCAAGCUGUGCCGCAUGAGCUACCAGGACCCGUCGCAGUUCGGCAGCCUGCCCCAGCUGGACAACGUCAACCACAACCACACGUACAACCUGCCGCUGGGCUCCUCCUCCUCGUCCUACCCCGACCACCACUCGCCGCUGCCCGGCUCGUGCGGCAAGAAGGCGGGCCGCGACAAGCCGCUCGCCAACAACAACAACCACCACCACCACCACCACUCCAAGCUCCAGCCGCCGCGCGAAUUCCUCGACAAGCACGCGAGCCGCGACGAGCGGCGCGCCCGCUCCAUGAAGAUCCCCUUCUCCAACGAGAAGAUCAUCAACCUCCCCGUGGAGGAGUUCAACGAGCUGCUGGCCAAGCACCACCUGAGCGAGGCGCAGCUGGCGCUUAUCCGCGACAUCCGCCGGCGCGGCAAGAACAAGAUGGCGGCGCAGAACUGCCGCAAGCGCAAGCUGGACACCAUCCUCAACCUGGAGCAGGGCGUGCAGGACCUGCGGCGCGACAAGGGCCGCCUGCUGAAGGAGAAGAUGGAGUUCCUGCGCUCCAUCCGUCAGAUGAAGCAGAAGGUGCAGAGCCUCUACCAGGAGGUGUUCUCCCAGCUGCGGGACGAGCACGGACGGCCGUACCCGGCCAGCGAGUACGCGCUGCAGUACGGCCCCGACGGGAGCGUGUUGAUCGUGCCGCGCAGCCUGGCCGCUGCCGAGCAAAGCCGCAAGCCGGACAAGAAGCAGAAGGAUAAGAAGAAGUGAAGACGCGAGAGAGACGGGAAGUCGCUGCCUUUUUUUCCUUUUUUUUGCGAAAAACGUAAAAGAAACAAAAAAAAAAAACACAUGAAAAUUACUCCAAAAAAAAAAAUCAAGGUUUUUUUUAACAAGGCAAAAGAAAAGUGUCUUCUUUUUUUUUUGUUGUUCUUUGAGAGGAUUCUGGAGGAGAGAGAAAAAAGUGAUUGAUGUUCAUGACUACCUGCAUUAGUUUUUUCCUUUCCUUUUUUUUCUGAAACACGAUGUUGAGGAAGAAGUGCUUUGAGUACUCGUUCUCAUGUUAUUUUUUUUAUCCUUUUUUGCGUUUUGAUGGGGAAAAAAAGAGAUUGCAAAGAACAACAUGGUGAAUGAGUACUUCUUGGUAAACAAACCUGUGUAGGCCAAGUCCUUUGGCUUAUCAGGACACAUGGAUGGUCAUUUUUAUCAUACGGAGAAAGGAAGAGAUUGAUGUCUAUUCCAGAAGAACUUUUAGCCAACAACAACAAAAAAAGCUCUCUGCUGUGUGCAGAGAUGUUGUUCGACAGUAUAGAUGCAUCGUUAGAAUCUUUUGCCAAGGUAUGGAGAUGGAUUCAGCCCUGUUGCUGAAUGAUUGGAGUUGAGGUGAUUUUUUUUUGAGGAGGAUGGACCCUCAUAGAGGGUCAUUUUGAUGGUUGAAAGAUCUUGGAUGUUGCGAUUGAGGUAGGGAUGUGAGGGUGGGGUGGGGCGACCAAGCCGAAAUGGGGACACUCGUAUAAUACCUGCCUUGCCAGUUGUAACCAAAGGUUGUACUGCCCGUGGGGUACCUCCUCUGUCUCAAAGGCCCCACUUGCUGGACACUCAAUGCACCUCCACCUCCAGGUGAGCGUGCACUUCAACCUGACAGUUUUUUUUUUUUUUUCUUCUCGCCACUGGACAGUAUCUCGACAGGGUGUCGUGUGUGUGUGUGUAUGUGUGUGUUGACCCCUCCCUUGUAGAGACUCAGCAACAUUUAACCAGGAACCCCAUGACGGCAAGGGCGAGGAUGGGAAAAGGACGGUUUGUUCAGAUCAGGGCCUUACAGUGUGCCCAGUAUUUUCAUUUUGAAGGUCGAUGUCAAUGACUGACUGAUACAAAAAAAAAAAUGGAUUAAUCAGCUUGUGUACUCUGCACCUCAGCGCUGCGAAAGCCAACUUUAUAUCGCUCGUUGGCACCAAGAUGUCUAUCUUCCUGGAGAGCCUUCUGCUGCCAGCCAAGGGCACAUUCCCCCCCCCCCCGGCAGGCUUCCACGGUCACAUUGCAUUCGCUCAUGGACCUUGCCUGAAUCGAGUGGGUCGGGCAGGCUUAGCUUAGCGUUCAAUUUGCAUUCCCACAAAGGAAACCGCUCUGGCUGAGGCGCAUCUCAUAACAUCUCUCCCUCACACAUGACCGCUGAGGGUGGCUGUUCUUGCAGAAGGUCACCAAUGUGAUAAGGAGUCCUUCAGUGCCACACUCUCACACACACACAUAUACACGUAUUCAGACAGACUCUAGCCCUCUCCCUGCUUGGAAUGGUCCCCAAGGACUCACUAUACAGGCUUAGCAUCUGGCUGAUUUGGAAUCCGCUGUGUCUUCAACAGUAAUGUUUUUCUUUUCAGCUCUCCUCAACAGUGUAGAGGGCUGCGCACUCAAUUGUCACUGUGCCCAAAGGCAGCAUGGACACAUGCGUAAACAUACAUACAUACAUACAUACAUACAUACAUACAUACAUACAUACAUGCAGACAUACAUAAAAACACAUAUACAUACACACUGGACAAUUUUAGCUGUCUUUGGAACAGUUGCAUCUAGUUGGGGAAGCUCAAGUUAUUAUACGGUUUGAAGCACUUAGGAUGGACUUGAACAGUGAAAGUGCGACUCUUUCUUCAUUCGAAUACACGUAGCUCUCUCGACAGAUUUUAGUUUACAUGCAGUCAUCAUUUUUUUUUUUCAGAACACAGCUCUGUGUCGCUUGAUGCUUUUCUGUUUCAACCGGUAUUGAGUGAAACAAACUCUUGUGUCUCCUAUUGUCUUUAUUUUUACAAGCACACUUGCAUUUAGGGAGCGCUCGUAUCUCUCACCAAAACACUACAAUCUUUGUUUCCUGUGCUUGUGGGGGGGGGGUCAAAUACGCCAGCUUGACGAAGGUUCGCAUGUACCCCUAACCGUUCGGGUGAUGCUUGUUACUGCAGCAAAUUUGAUUUCUCCUGAAGGCUGGUAGAGUUUGUUUUCUUCCAUAAUCCACGCUCUAGAUGGAGUUCUGAGGAACUAAGAUGUAUUAAAUAGCACUGAUAUGAAUGUCUAAUCUGCUAUAACUGUUGGUUCUCACUUUUACCUUAUUAGUCUCUGUAGCCCUUGCACUCUCACUAUCCACAACAGAGCCAUGCAGCAUACCUUAAUGUGUGUCUGAUGCCAUUUACAAAUAAAUAUGCAAGAUUAAUAUUAGCAACAUUCUUUUUUUUUUUUUAAAUCUCAAAAAGAUUAUUGACUCAAAAUAGUUGUAUAGAUAAAUUGGAGCUGUCAAGGAAUGGAGGGUAGGGGAGGGGGUGGGUUGAGGGAAGUGAAAUUUUUCGGAUGUUUAGAAGUGGGUUUGAUGUGAAGCAUUGUUUUGGAAAAAGAGAACAGGUGAACAAAAUUAGGUGACACUUGUACUUGCAUAGCUACAUACUCCAAAGCCCUGUGUUUUUUGUUUUUUUUUGUUUGUUUUUUUAAUGUUGGUGCGCUCUGAGAACUUCUGUUUGUCAUGUAAUGUAAAUAUUUUUAUGUUGUCCCUACAUGUUUGCCGUGUGAGAGCUCGUCUUUGAACCUGUGUUUGUGUGUGUGUCUGCGUGCGCGCGUGUGUGUGUGUGUGUGUGUGUGUGUGUGUGUGUGUGUGUGUGUGUGUGUGUGUGUGUGUGUAUGCGUGUGAGUGUGUGUGCGCUCUUGUAUGCGUAACGUGUAUCACAAAGCCCUCUUACCUUUGCUUUGGAUUUAGUUGUACAGUUUACUUUUAUUUGGUUUUCUUUUGACGAAUUUGCUGGCAAUCUGGGAUUGUUCUUUUAUUGAUUAAUAAAAUGUUUUUAUUUUCAACCAUGAAUUAAAUGGUUUGCUCUUAA